AAAAUACAGUGAGUAUGAAAAGGGGAAAAAUAGACAUGAUUCAAAAUCUGCGUUGCUUGUUAGGUCCAUAGUCUCCAGGCCCGGGCAGGCCUCUGGGGAAGCCACCCUGGCCUCCCCCGGGCAUGUUGUUGUUUCCUGACCCCGGCAUCAUUGGAGCAUUCUCAGCAGCCAUGCCGGACGUACCGGCAGAACCAGAAUUACCACCCAGCGAGUUUCUGUUCAUGGGCAUCCCGUGACUGCCCAUAUGCAUCCUCAUGUCUUGCUCUCUGUUUUCAGAGAAGUUGCCUCUGAAGCCCUCCUGCUGCCUCUUCAUCAUCUCCUCGUUGCGCAUCCUCAUCUCCUCCUCUCUCCUCCGGCGUUCCUCCUCCUGCCGGAGCUCAGCCUGUUUCCUCUUUUGCACCUCCUGACUGUGGAGCUCCUCCAUCCUCCGCAGCUCCUCCUGCCGCCUCAGCAGGUCCUGCCUCAUCAGCAUCACCUGAUGCUCGUGUCUGGCCGCCUCCAUCUCAGCCUCCAGCUUCUCCUGGGCCUCCUUCAUGUUGCGGUCCACCAUUUCGUACUGCUGCUUCUCCAUCUCCAUCAGGGCCUUCCAGCGCAUGGCGUACUCGUACUCGAAGGAACCCGGCUGGGCAAAUCGUGGCGGCUGCUCGCGCUCUUUGUGAUACUGCUGGUUUUUGUUUAUAAGCUUUUCUGACAGACCCUCCUCUUCAUCAAACUGUUCCAUAGGUUCCACUGUAAUGGGUCGAGGAAAAGCUGUGAGAAGAUAGGCACCAUCACCACACUUAUCCAAAGCCUUUCUCGCUGCUGGCUUUGAUGUGUACUCCACUAUUCCCUUCCCUGUGGGCCUCCCUCGGUCAUCCACUAUGACCACAGCUCUCUCUAUCUGACCAAAGACGGCGAAGGCCUCCUCCAGCAGCUCAUUGGACACAAACUCUGGCAAAUUUUUCACAGUUAAAGCAGCACCGUGUGUUGCAAACCUCACCCGUAUGGGCCUGCCUCUGAACGGAGUAUCAUCCAGCUCGGCUCUGGCGAUCUCUGCUAUGAUCCUGGUCUCCAGGCGGAUGAAGCCGAAGCCUCUUUCCUUGUUGAUGAAGAUCUCGCUGGCUUUACCGUACUUGGCGAACAGCUUUUCGAGGUCCUCCUCUGUAACUCCGGUUGGCAGGUUUCCUACGAACAGCCUGCUGCGCUGGGUGAAGGUUUUCUCCCCGGGCUUCCUGAAGCUCUGCAGGUCCAGGGUUAAGGCCUCAUUCGGAUUGGUCUGUUCGCUGGGUUCAGGCUGCUGGCCGUUCGUGUUUGUUCCUCCGGGUUUCUUCUGGUCUCCAGGGCGGUUGGGGCCAUGGUUCUGCUGGGGGCCUCUGUUUCCUUGCAUUUUGUUGCAACAGAAUUAAAACCGUCCGAUUAACGAAUCGUCCGAUAAAGAGACGAAAGCUGUGCAGACAGUGGCGCACAAAGAGCUACGAAAAUGGCGAGGCUGCGUGCUGCCGCAACGCUAUUGUGACCUCAUUCCGUGCGACUUGUGUAUAUCUGUGACGUCACCUCUGUGCGACGGUGAUAGAAAAAUAAAACAUCUGACCGGUCUCGGCUUUUAUAAAAUCUUGUAUUGUAUGGUCGUCAUUCCCAUACGCGUAUCUUAAAGAUGGUGUAGGUUAUUUUCUUGUUACGUUGUUUUUUUGUGUGUUACUCUAAUAUUUGUUUUACUCGCGCUGUUCUCAGUUUCUCGCGAGAAUACGCGUUAGCCUUGAAAAAAUUGUGUUGUUGAGCGGGUGAUUUCGCGGGAAUCGUCUCUCUUGCUCUCUUGCUCUCUGUCAAGAAAUAAAAUCAGCGAUACCUGAAAACAUAAGUUGAUACCGGAUUUAAGAAGCGUAACAGCUGAAGCUCGACCUUUACCUCUUCAACGGACAGUCAUGUUCUCCGACCUGAGUGCCCAGAAGCAGGGCUCUUCUCUGCUCUGCCGCCCUGCCUCCGAGGACCAGGGCCCGGUGUUUGAGAGGAUGUCGCAGGCCUACAGUUCGUGCUCCGAGCGCUACAGAGUCGGGGAGAGGAGCUUCAACAGGCAGUAUGCUCAUAUUUACGCAGCACGACUCAUGGAGAUGAGGCCCUUGCUGUCAGAGAGAGCCCAGCAGAAGUGGGGAUCAGAUGUGCUCAUCAGGAAGCUGUGUGAUCUUCAGACAGGGGAGCAGUGUUGCAUUGUGGGAACCUUGUUUAAGCGUAUGGAUUUGCAGCCAUCUAUUCUGAGAGAGAUCAGCGAUGAGCACAACCUGCUGCCCCAGCCUGCACGAGCCAAAUACAUCAGCGACACAGACGAGCUGAUUCUGGAGGACGAGCUGCAGAGGAUCAAACUGGAGGGCAAAAUUGACAGAGACAAGUGUGUCACAGGUAGUGUUAUUGCAAUCUAUGGGGCCGAGAGGAAUGAUGGGAAGUUCACAGUUGAGGACUUUUGCAUGGCUGAUCUUCCUUUGCAGACACCAAGACCUGCACUCAGCUCUGACAAGUUUGUGCUCCUGGCCUCAGGACUUGGUCUUGGCAGUAGUCAUGCUGACAGCAUGCUGGGGCUACAGUUGCUGGUUGACAUGGUAACUGGUCAGCUCGGUGACCAGGGGGAGCAGAGUGGGGCAGCAACAAUUUCCAGGGUCCUACUGGCUGGAAACCUCCUGAGCCAAAGCACCCAGGACAAGGACGCAUCUUCAAAGCCCAAAUACCUCACCAAGAAGACUCAGGCUGGCAGCGUGGAGGCCAUUCGUCUGCUGGAUGAGCUGCUGCUUCAGCUGGUGGCCUCACUUCCAGUGGAUGUGAUGCCGGGCCAGUACGACCCCACCAACUACACCCUGCCACAGCAGCCUCUCCACCGCUGUAUGUUUCCGUUGUCCUCAGUGUACCCCACGCUACAGCUGGCCCCCAAUCCAUACCUAGCCAACAUUGAUGGAGUGAAGUUCCUGGGCACAUCAGGCCAGAACGUCAGUGACAUUCAGAGAUACAGCAGCAUGAGCAGCCACCUGGAAAUACUGGAGGAAACGCUACGACUCAGACACCUGGCCCCUACGGCGCCUGAUACCCUCGGUUGUUACCCAUUUUACCAAAAAGACCCGUUCAUCUUGGGAGAGUGUCCCCAUGUGUACUUCAGUGGCAACGCCCCGACCUUUGAGUCCAAGCUCGUCAAAGGUCCUGAUGGCCAGGAGGUCCUCUUGGUUACUGUUCCAGAGUUCAGCAGCACCCAAACGGCCUGCCUGGUCAAUUUACGUACUCUUGAAUGUGAGCCCGUCAGCUUCUCGGCCUUCUCCGCUGACGACGAUGACGAAAGCGAGAUGAACAUCAGUCACUGAGGGUCCAUGUCUGCACACAACAUGAUGACACUUUUCAGACACUGUUGAUGCAUAGAGGUCAGGCUAAUGCCUCCUGACCUCUGACUCACAUCAACACUGGGCCAAGACUCACAGCGCUUGUGACACUGAUGCUGUCCAGUAUCAUCAAGGUCAGUUAAUUGCUGUUAACCAGAGAUCAGUGUUAGCAAAGGUGCCAUAAAAAGAGAAGACAAGUGUUGUGUAUUAAAAAGCGUUUAUUUGAAAAAUAACUCUUCUACCCAAACUGCGUCUGAGGAAACAUGACAGAAAAAAUCUUUGCCUCCCCUGACUCUCUGUUACCAACUUUGAACAAAUGCUUUUUAAACCUUUAGUGACUUUUCACACUGUAAAAAAUAUUUCUGCUGGAUGAAGACUGUAAAUAAUUAAACUCUGGUGAAGUGAAAAAGAAAAGCCAUGACUUUGGUGUUUGUGGAUCCACAAUAAACAUCUCUC